AUGGCUCGUUCUUCUUUUUACAAAAUGCUUCUUAUGGAGUCAUACUCUGAUGAAGAGUUGGAGAUAAUUGCAAAUCUUGCUAUGGAAGAAGAAAUAUCAACAUCACAUGGUCGUCCUAAAAAACGUCGCACAUUCAUCCGGCGUGACCGCUUGCAAGCUGGGGAAGAUCUUUUUCGUGACUACUUUGCUGAACCACCAAUAUAUCAUCACAAAUAUUUUCGAAGGAGAUUUCGAAUGAGUCAUGAUCUUUUUUGCCGUAUUCAAUAUGCGGUUGAAGCCAAAGAUCCAUAUUUUGUCCAAAAAAGAGAUGGUUCCCAAAGGCUCGGUCUUACUUCCCUUCAAAAGAUUACCACCGCAUUUAGGAUGCUUACAUAUAGUGUUACAGCUGACUUUAUGGACGAAUACUUGAAGAUUGGAGAAACCACUGUCGUUAAGAGUCUUAAAAGGUUUGUUCAAGCAAUAAUUUCAAUUUUUUCAGAACAAUACUUAAGGUCACCCAACAAUGAAGACAUCGCUAGAUUGCUAGCGGAAGGCAAAAAUCGUGGAUUUCCAGGCAUGUUGGGGAGCAUUGAUUGCAUGCACUGGAAAUGGAAAAACUGUCCAACUUCAUGGCAAGGUAUGUAUUCUGGUCAUUAUCACGAACCAACUAUUAUUUUGGAAGCAGUGGCUUCAUAUGAUCUUUGGAUAUGGCACGCUUUUUUUGAUUUAUCUGGAUCUCAUAAUGAUAUAAACGUAUUGGAAAGGUCAUUUAUAUUUUCUGACCUCGCUCAAGGGCGUGUUCCUCCUGUUAACUACACCGUAAAUGGUCAUAACUAUAAUAUGGGAUACUACCUUGCUGAUGGCAUAUAUCCACAGUGGGCGACAUUUGUGAAAACAAUUUCAUCUCCACAAGGAAAUAAGAGAAAACACUUUGCUGCAGCCCAAGAGUCGGCAAGGAAAGAUGUGGAGCGGGCAUUUGGAGUACUUCAAGCACGAUUUGCAAUAGUACGUGGGCCUGCACGAUUUUGGAAACUUGAAACGCUCAAAAACAUUAUGAUGACAUGUGUAAUUCUACAUAACAUGAUCGUUAAAGAUGAGCGGACUAAUAACAUAGAAGAAGACUUUGAAUAUGAACAACUCAAUGAACCACUUGAACCAGUGACACUCGGGGCUACAAAUGACUUCAGUGAGUUCAUUCGACGCCAUCAUUUCAUUAGAGACAGGAAAACUCAUUCUCAACUCCAGUUAGACCUUGUCGAGAACUUAUGGCAACUACAUAGCGAGGCAUAG